AGUUCCAUGACAAUGUUCACUCCAAUUGUGGAACUCAACAGCAAUCGGAAUUCUUGGAUUCUCAUGUUGAGGGCUAUUCGGGUUUACUUCGUUCCUAGGUGGGCGAAAGGUGAAGAUUCCAUGAAGAUCGUCUUUCACGAUGAGCAUGGAACUAGGAUUCACGCACAUCUUAGUCGGAAGGAGAAAGAGAAGUUUGAAAACCAGAUCAGUGAGGGUGGUGUUUAUGCCAUUCGAAAUGUGUUUGUUCAUGACAAUUACCAAAGAUUGAAAUCCGCUGCCAAUGAUAAGCUCUUGGGUACUGUCACUGUCUCCACUACGUUUCAUGUUACAAAGAUGCUGUUCGAUGGUAAUUCUGCUGAGGUCAAUGAAUUUAGAGCCAGGACACCCUUGCGCUAUGAGAUUCGCCCAUUUGGUACGACGAACUCACGUGGCCUUAGUUUCUCAAGGGAGACUAGAAAGUAGGGGUGGUACUCAAAACCUGAAUACCAUGUACGUACACUAAGCCCGGAACGGGUGAUGUCGGACUAAUAAGUCCCGCACAUCACACUACAAGAGACGCACUUCCGCCUGAUCUCUUGCGCAUGCACAUGAUGUGAUAUGUUUCAAUAUGGAUGAUGAAAUGAAUCACAUGAUAUGAACAAUUUGUAAACAACAUGAUUGGAUAAAUAUACUUUAUUUUAUUUGGAUGAAACCUGAUAAAAAUAUCAUUUAAUUAAGCUACGGGGCUCGG